UCAGAGUUGAAUGAUGCCGGUCGGAGACACAAACCACAACGUCUUUUCGUUUUAAACAGCUGGCUUGAUUUUUUUUUUGGUACUGUUGCUUCUUAAACUUUCAGAACUAUUUGUAGUUUUCUGUUUUUCAUUUGCGUACACUUAGGAACAAAGUUUACAAUUUAGAAUAUUCAUGCAAAACGGAUGUUGGGUUUGUAUUAAAAAGUGACAGAAAUACUUUCAGCAUGAAGACACGACGACGAGAGAUGAAACUUGUAGGAUGUGUGGAUGCAGGUUUUCUGGCUGUUUUUCUGUCGUUCUCUGUCGUGAUCGCAAAUCCAGUGGUUUAUUAUGAGGAAGUUGAAGAAAACGCGCCUGUCGGCUCUGUAGUUUUGCGUUUUGGACGCGAGUGCAGUGAGUCGGGCUCAGCGGGGCUCAGAAGCGCUUUGCUCGGGGAAAACGCGUCCGAUUUCUCGCUCUUCUACUCUCCAGACACAGGGUUCCUCCUGAAAACCGCUAAAAGUUUGGACAGGGAACUCAAGUCGAGGUAUGAAGUGAGUGCACUUUUCCCAGGAUGCGCGAUCAGCGCAGUGGCCAUCAGUAUCGAGGUCCUGGAUAAAAAUGACAACGCGCCGCAGUUCAUCACCACAAGCGAAAGGAUCGAGAUUGAUGAAUUAACAGCAGUAGGGAGCGAGCUGCUCCGCCUAAGCGCACGAGACAGGGAUGCAGGGAGAAACGGUGCGAUCACGUUCAUCACGUCUCCAAACCCAAACAUACACGUGGUUCCUAAAACCGGUCAGGUUGUGCUGGUCCGCUCGGUGCACGCGCCCAGCAACCUGAGCGUCCCGGUUUACGCGCGAGACCACGGAGACGUAGUGCUGCAGAGUGAACCGCUCCAACUUCACAUCGUAGUCACAAGCGCGCGACUAACAGCCAAGCAAAGCAGAGCAAGAAGAACCAGAGCCGUUUCUGAGGAGCUCAGCUACACUGUAGCGCUGUCAGAAUACGCCGAAGCAGGAGAUGUGAUCUUCACUGUCCCGGAUCAGAAGUUUGAGGAGAAGCGCUUCGAGGUGCUGUCACCGGAAGCGGGUUCACCAGUGCGCGUGGAGCGGGAAACUGGACGAGUCUACUUAAUGCAUCAGCUCACUUCCUCCAUACAGGUGGUGGUGAAAAUCCUAAAUGCCAGAGGUGAUGAGUGGUACCUGUGCAGACUAUCUGUAACCCUUCCUGGUAUGUCAGAUCUGCAGUGGGCUAUGUUUCCCGAGCCGUAUCUCGCCACAGUGGAGCCCGGCGCAGCUCCAGGCUCGGUGGUUUACAGACUGGUAGCCCGACAGAGGGACAGCUCUUCGGAAGUGGCCCAGUUCCUCUUGGUGGAUGGCGGUGAGGAUUGUUUUGAGGUAGACAGAAGCUUGGGAGAGGUAAGGACCACAGGACGACCUCUGAGCCCUGGUAAAGAGUACACUCUGACUGUGCAAGCUGUGGACACUCAGGGCAGGAAGGGUCCUCAUGCCUCAGUGGCCAUACUGGUAGGCUUGCGGCCCCCUCAGUUCUCCAAUGCUUCUUACUCUAUCUACAUCCCAGAGAGCACCGGAGUGGGCCAAGCCGUGGCUGUGGUUCAGGCUGUCUCUUUCCAGAGGAAGACUCUGUCCUACAUGCUGUUGGUGAACUCAGGCAACCUGUUCAGUAUAAACCAAGAGAGCGGCGCUCUGAGUCUGACCCACACUGUGGACUAUGAGAGCGGACCUCACCUCCACCACCUGCAAGUCCGUGCCUCCGAACCAGACACAGGGCUCAGCAAUGUGGUAGAGGUGGUGGUACAUAUCACAGAUGAGAAUGACUGCACUCCAGAGUUCAUGCAUUCCAUCUACAGCCGAGACAAUAUUCCAGAGACAACGCCACCUGGAACAUCUUUACUGCAGGUGCUGGCCAGAGACUGUGACACUGGUCUGAAUGCAGAAAUAUUCUACUUCAUCCAGAGUCAGGACUUUGCUGUUUCAUCUCAAGGCGUGGUCAGCCCCAGCAGGAAGCUGGAUUACGAGAGGCCCAAUCACAUGUAUGAGUGUGUGGUGGUGGCUGUAGAUAAGGGCACACCCUCCCGCACAGGCACCGCCUCCAUCCGCAUCCGCAUGGCCAACGUCAAUGACGAGGCUCCUGUCUUCACCCAGACUGUCUAUAAGACCUUCCUGUCAGAGGAUGCUGGUCCUGAGACUCUGGUGGCCAUCGUGCAUGCCAAAGACCCAGACGGGGACGGGGUGACAUAUGCCAUCACUGGGGGAAAUGAAGACAGUAACUUUGAGCUGGACAACCAGAAAGGCAUCAUCAGGCUGCGCCGCAGUCCUCCUCCUAAACUGCGCGGGCUUCAGUACGUCCUCAAUGUCACAGCAACCGAUGACAAUGCAGCGGGCGGCCCACUGCCCCUCAGUAGCUCAGCACAAGUCAUCGUUGGCAUUAAUGAUAUUAACAACAACAAACCUGUCUUUGAAGAGUGCCAUAAUUACAGCUUGAAUGCUCUGGUGCCGGAGAACCAGCCACCGGGAACAGUGGUCCUGCGCGUGCAAGCUCACGAUGCUGACACUGGGGUCAACGGACAGGUCAAGUAUGGAAUCAUGCAGCGAGAUGGAGCCUCACCGGGGUUCACCAUUGAUCCAGACACAGGGGUGAUCAGCACAGUGGUGAGUUUCGACCGGGAGAGGCAGAGAGAAUACACACUGUCCGUCACAGCCACAGAUCAGGCUGAGGAACCACUCAUUGGCAUCUGUCAGAUCACUGUACUCAUCGGGGACCAAAAUGACAAUGACCCCAAGUUCGAAAACAGCCGCUAUCAGUACUUCUUGAGAGAGGACACCCCUGUGGGCACCAGCUUUCUGCGGGCAGCGGCCCGCGAUGACGACCAGGGCACCAACGCAGCAAUCACAUACUCCUUAACUCAUCAGACCCCUGCCUACUUCCGCAUCAACCCAAGUACAGGAUGGGUGUACGUCAAUCACCCUAUUUCACAGACCUCACGGAUCAGUCAACAAAUCAUUGCUACAGAUGGAGGAAACCUCAGCAGCUCAGUGGACCUCACUGUCAUCAUCACCAACAUGCACAACCAGCCACCUCAGUGGGAACAGGAAGAGUACUGGGUCACCAUCCCUGAGAACACUGUCCGAGACACCAAGAUAGUGACCAUAAAAGCAACCUCUCCUCUUGGUGACCCUCGUGUGACCUAUAACCUGGAGGAGGGUCAGGUUCCCGAGACAAACAUGCCUGUGCGUUUCUACAUCAAACCCAAUCGAAGGGAUAGUUCGGCCUCCAUUCUAGUAGCUGAGCCACUGGACUAUGAGACCACUCGCUUCUUCACCCUGCGUGUCCGUGUGCAGAAUGUUGCAGCAGUCCCACUUGCCUCUUUCACAACUGUCUAUGUCAACAUCACAGAUGUGAAUGAUAAUGUUCCGUUUUUCAUGUCGAGCACGUAUGAAGCCACAGUACCUGAAGGGGCUGAGAUUGGCACUUCAGUGGCCCAGGUUUCAGCCUCUGACCUGGACUCUGGUCUUCACGGCAUGGUCAAUUACAUCAUUCUGAAGGACCAGAGUGGAGACUCUCAGUUUUUUAGCAUUAACCCAUACACAGGCGUCAUCCACACCCAGGCCACCUUUGACCGCGAACAGAAGAGUUCUUACCUGAUUGAGGUUCAGUCACAGGACAGCUCAGAGUCGGCCCGGCCUGGACAGCAGGGUCAGCCCAACUCAGACACAGCCUAUGUCAGGAUUUUUGUCACGGAUGUAAAUGACAACGCCCCAGCCUUCUCCCAGCCUGUAUACGAGAUCAGUGUGGAGGAGGACAAAGAAGUGGGCUACGUAGUCAUUACCGUCACUGCUAAUGACGAAGAUGAGGGUGCCAACGCGAAGCUGCGCUACCAGAUUACCUCAGGAAACACUAUGGGCACCUUUGACGUUGAGCCAGAGAUUGGCAACAUCUUCAUCGCCCAGCGGCUGGACUAUGAGCGAGUGCAACGCUACCAUCUACGUUUGGUGGCAUCAGAUGGAAAGUGGGAGAACCAAACAGUGGUGGUCAUUAACAUCAUCAACCAAAACGAUGAAGCACCUAUCUUUAGCCAGACAGAGUAUCAUGCCAGUGUUACGGAGGAGCUGAUCGAGCUGCCUGUUCCCGUGCUGGAGGUUUCAGCUACAGAUCCAGACCAGGAGGCAGACCAGAGUGCGGUCCGAUACUCAUUACAUGGACAGGGUGCUGGGAGCGAAUUCACUAUAGAGGAACUCACUGGAAGAAUUUAUGCCCAAAAGCGUCUUGACCGAGAGGACCGUUCAGCCUGGCGAUUUCUUGUGCUGGCCACUGACGAAAACGGUGAUGGCCUAACAGGCUUUGCUGAUGUGUUGGUGGAGGUGCGUGACAUAAAUGACAAUGCUCCCCAAUUCCUAUGUGCCUCAGAAGGAUGCUUUGUGGGCCAUGUGCCUGAGAACUCCCCAGCUGACACCUCCAUCAUGGAGAUGCAGGCCACUGACCUGGAUGACCCUAAAACUGGCAAGAACGCUGUUCUCACCUACAGGAUUGUCCAGAAUGUCCGUAAUGAGAUAAAUCUCAACCUGUUCUCCAUCAAUCCAGCUACAGGCACCAUCUAUACAGUGCUGAGAUCUUUGGACAGGGAGGUGGAGGACCAUUACUUGGUAGUUGUGGAGGCAAGGGAUGGAGGAGGCCUCUCUGGGACUGGAACUGCAACGAUUGUAGUUUCGGAUGUGAAUGAUCACCCUCCAGUGUUCACACAGAGAGUCUACAUGGCCACCAUGGCAGAGGACCUGGAUAUCAACAGUGAGGUUCUGGCAGUGGCUGCUACAGAUGGGGAUGAGGGAGAGAACUCUGUGAUGACUUUCAGCAUCAUAGGUGGAGAUGACGACCGCAAAUUCUUUAUUGAGACAGACAAGGGGAAUCGAAAGGGCGUGGUGCGGCUGAAGAAGAAGAUCGAUUUUGAAAAACCCCAUGAGCGCACCUUCAAUCUCACAGUCAAAGUGGAGGAUGCAGACUUCUAUAGCUUGGCAUAUUGUGUCAUACAAGUGGAGGACUCAAAUGACCAUGCACCUGUGUUUUUCCCCCAGUUCUAUGAUGCAGGGUCCAUGUUUGAGGAUGUUCCUUUGGGCACCAUUGUGGCCCAAGUGACUGCCAUGGACCUGGAUUCAGGGCAGAAUGGAAAGUUCUCGUAUAGCAUUGCCCCAGAGUCUGACCCUUUUCAGCAGUUCUUGGUGGAUAAGAGUGGGUGGGUUGUGGUAGCAGACUCUUUGGACCGAGAAAAGGUAUCACAACACAGGCUGAUAAUCUUGGCUACAGACAUGGGCAACCCUUCUCUCACUGGCUCAGCUAUUGUUCUGGUGGCUGUACAGGAUGUUAAUGAUAACGGGCCUGAGUUUGAGGUACCAUACCGCCCCAUUGUUUGGGAGAACACCAUUGCGCCACAGCUUGUCCAUAUGAAUGAGACUUCCAUUCUGCUCCAUGCCAUAGACAGAGAUAGCUCACCUAAUGCAGGGCCUUUUUCCAUUCGCCUGCUGAUGGUCACCUCAGACGCCACAAACUUUAACCUGACCGAUCUGCGCAAUGGCAGUGCCAUGAUAACAGCCCUUCGCACCUUUGAUAGGGAGCAGCAGAAAGAGUACCUACUUCCCAUUCUGAUGACUGACAGUGGCUCUCCUCCAAUGAGCUCCACCAGUACACUGACUGUCAUAAUUGGGGAUAAGAAUGACCACCCACAUGCACCUGGACACUCAGAGUUUAUAGUCUACAAUUAUGAAGGUACUCUUCCUACCACUGUACUUGGACAAGUUCAAUCCCCUGACGUUGAUGACUGGAGUGAAAAGGUUUACAAAUUUGAAGACAGGCCCCCUAGGCAGUUUAUCCUGAACCAGAGCUCUGGUCAGCUAAGCAUAAAAAGUGGCACCCCGGCUGGGACGUACAGACUGCAGGUGCGAGUGGCCGAUAAGAGUUGGCCUGAUGUCACCUCAACGGUGCAGAUUACAGUCAGGGAGCUGAAGGAGGAGGCACUGCUCAACGCUGGCUCGCUCCGAUUCUCCAAUGUAACAGCAGAGGAGUUGUUCAGGGCCUCCGAUGGUGAGGAGAGUUUGUAUGAGCGUCUGCAGCGUCUGCUAUCUGAGGUCUUACAGACAGAUCUGGAUAAAGUGCACAUCUUCAGCCUGGCCAAUGGCAGUCAUUCCAUCCAGCAGCACCUCAGCCUGUGGUUCGCUGCCCAUGGCUCCCCUUACUACAAGCCGGAGAAACUGCAUGGCAAUGUGGCUAUGCACAAGGCCAAGUUGGAGUCAGCCUUGGGUGUGACCAUUCUGCAGGUGGGAGUGGAUGAGUGUGCCUAUGCAGACUGCAUUCCUGCAGGUGGCUGUUCCAGCAGGGUAACGUUUAGUGACACUCCUUCAGUUCUGAAUGGUGGGAAUGCUUCCCUGGUGUCUGUCUCAGCCACAGUCACAGCUCUGUGUGGCUGCUUGGCCAGAGAGAGCAAGCACAUGUCCUGCUCCUCUUACCCCCACAGCCCCUGCCUUAAUGGAGGCACCUGCGUGGAUACAGACAUGGGCUACAGGUGUCAGUGUCUACCCUUGUUUGACGGCCCAGAGUGCCAGCAGACUAAGCACACAUUUCUGGGUGAUGGCUAUGCCUGGUUUCCUCCCAUAAAGCCUUGCUUCAAGAGCCACAUCUCUCUGGAGUUCAUCACAGAGUCAGCCGAUGGCCUGCUGCUGUACAACGGCCCCCUCGGUGUCCUCCAGCCCGGAGACAAGGGGGACUUCAUUGCACUUGAGCUGAAGAAAGGUGUCCCAGUGUUGAGUGUUAAUCACGGCUCAGGCACUGUCACACUGCAGCUUCCUGCACACGCCUCUUUGUCUGACCGCCGCUGGCAUCACCUCGACAUCAUCAGCGAUGGAAAGGAAAUACACUUGAUUGUUGACCAUUGCUCUGGAGCCAUGGUGAAUGAGGUGGAGGGUUUGGGAGUGGACAUGUUUGAGACAGACCAGUCAGUGUGCAAGGUGUCUGCACACACUCCAGGCACUGAGAGAUUCCUGAAUGUGAAUCAGCCUCUACAGCUAGGAGGAGUGAAGGACACGUAUCCACUGCAUCACACACACACGCACUACAAAGGGUUUGUGGGCUGCAUCAGAAACCUAGUGGUGGACACUCAGGUGUAUGACCUGAGCAGUGCAGCGGAGAGUAUGAACAGUGCCCCCGGGUGCAGUCUGACUGAUGGAGUGUGUGUGACGGCAGGAGGGCCCUCCUGUGGCCUGCGUGGAAAGUGCCUUGGGGAGUGGGGCUCCUUCAGCUGUGACUGCCACCCUGGAUACAGCGGACACAAGUGUGACAAGGCUCUUCCUGAGUGGUCCUUUGAGAAGGAGAGCAUGCUCAGGUACCAGCUGAGAACAGGAAUCAGUCCACGCAGAACACACGCACAGUUCCUCAUCAGAACUCGCUCCUCAUCAGGCAUCCUGCUCAGCAUGAGCUCCCGGGACUCCAAUGAGUUCAUCAUCCUGGAGAUAGUAGAUGGCUACGUGUGUGUUCGUGCCAACCUGGGUGAUAGCCCACACACACUGAAGCUGGGGAGCCAACGAGUGGAUCACGGCCAGUGGGUCCUGGUCAGCUUGAGUCGCCAUGACAACCUGUUCACCCUGCAACUGGAGCAAGGCGGGGGGUCACGAGAGGUCACUGGGGUGCUGGGAAAUAAACGGGAGAUUGUAGUACAUUCCUCCAAUGUGCUUCUGGGAAAUGGUGCCUCACACAGCACACAGGGAGACUUCCAAGGCUGUAUGCGGGACGUGAGGCUCAACGGUCACUCUCUGCCCCUGGAUGGUCAGAGCAGUGAGUAUGUCACGGUAUUAGAGCGACGGGGAGUUCAGGCAGGAUGCCACUCUGAUGCCUGUCGCACCAAACCGUGCCAGAAGCCACUGUACUGUGUGGAUCUGUGGAGGAAACACGAGUGCAGGUGUCCAGUGGGUCAGUUGGCUGUAGUGGAUGAACACACAGGGUUGGUGAGCUGUGUCAUGUCACCUUGUGGUCCCUCCACAUGCCGUAACGGGGGUACGUGCCUGGCCCACUCCACCAAGAGCUACCAGUGUCGCUGCCCAGAGGGCUUCCGGGGCCAGUGGUGUGAGAUCAGCCAAGUUAAAACAUCACACCUGGCCGCACUCAGCCCCAGCUCCAUCCUCGCUAUAAGCAUGUGCCUGCUUGUGUUCUUCGCUGUGCUGGUGGCGGUGACUGUGUGGAACCAGAAAGGCAGUGAAAAUAAAUUCCGGAAACGCGGAGUGUACCACAUACCAGCUGAGCACGAGAGCUGGGAGGACAUCCGGGAGAACAUCCUCAACUACAACGAGGAAGGUGGAGGAGAGCAGGACCAGAAUGCCUACGACAUCACUGAGCUGAAGAGACCGUUCUGCUCCAGCUUGUCUCAGUCCUCCUCAUGCACCACAGCGCCCCUUAUCAAGUCGUCUCAGGGCUCUCAGGAGGAGGUGCACCCCGGCGGAGUCCAGCCCACUCAUCACCACAACCCCAUCACCGCUGCCCAUUGCGCCAUGGACUUCAAGAACUACGUGGCACGCAUCAUCUGGGAGGCUGAUAACGACAUCCUGGCCUUCCCCAUGGACACCUACCACGUGUACUGCGUCGAAGGCGCAGGUUCAAAUGCAGGCAGCCUCAGCUCUCUGAGCUCAGCCAUCCCAGAAGAAGACUUCAGCUACGAUUCUCUGCGGCACUGGGGGCCCAAAUUUGAGGGCCUUAAGGAGUUGUAUCAAAGGCCUGAGGCGGGUUUUGCAAACACAGAUGUCGUGCAGAGCCACAGCCACACCGGGGGCAGGAGCUUUGAGCAGCUACACUAACUCAGUGAAAGCCAGUGAAACCACAGCUUGCCGUGUUUGUGUUAUUUACUGAGUUCAGGCAAAGCUUUAAGAGGAAGGGAAGCCUGGAGACUGGAUAGCAGGCGUGCUUUAUUUAUUGAGUUGACUCAAUGUGAACUGUUAGUGCUGUAUUUAUUUUAUCUUUGACAGAUGUUUUACAGAGGGAACAAAGCCACAGAAUAGCUAUUUUUACACUGAAAUGCAUUUUCUGUCAGGAUACCACAGAGCUAUUUCAUUUCGUUUUGAAAUCAGUGCAGGGGAACUUUCCAGAUUAAGAUUGAUAAGUGAAGGCAGAAUUACUCUAAGCAGAAGUAAAUGCAUCCUUUAUUGCGUACUGAUGUUCCCAGGUGGCGCGGUGGCGCAAUGGGUUGCGUUACCAACCUCACAGCUCCCCGGUUUGAUUCCGAGCUUGAAUUACUGUCUGUGUGGAGCUUCACGUUCUCCCUCUAUCUGUGUGAAUUUCUGCUGGGUUCUCUGAUUCCUCCCUGCCAGUAGGUGAAUUGGCUACUCUCAAUUGCCCGUAGGUGUGAAUGAGUGUGUGCAUGGUGCCCUGCAAUGGACCAGCGUGCCAGCCAGGGUGUGCCCCUGCCUCAUGCACACUAUCCCCAGGAUAGGCUCUUUAUCCACCUCUACCCUGACCAGAAAAAAGCACUUACUUAAGAUGAAUGAAUGAAUUCAUGAUGUUCUGUAAUACAGGAUUUUGCGGCAUAUAAAGCAGUUGGUAACUUCUUGAGAUCUAUUGAACAAAUCCUGUCAAAGGUGUUAAAUCUGUUUGGUUUUGCUACCAUAAAAAGUAAGUAAUUUGCCAUUUCUUUUCUCCUACACUGGAGGGGCUGUGUGAAGCAUCCUCUUCCUACACUUCAGUCUGAUCUGAUAAGUUAAAUUUACAAAACACUGUGUUUUCCUGACGAACUUGCAUCAGUGUACAGGCUGCAGCAUUUUGAGUGGAUUUUAAAAAGCGAAAAAUACAAUCACAAAAACCUGUCAUUGUUUAAAACUUUUCAAUGCUUUAAAUUAAUAUAGUUCUAUUUUUUGCUAUGUGGAACAACCUCUCUGAAAAUUAAAUUUUAUAUUUUGUAUGAACAAUGAAUCUGAAGGAGCAAGGUUACCAUUAGAUGGUGUUAAUCGAUAUUUCACUUGUUUUGUUAACUGAUUGUUUUCAACCUCUUCAGCAUUGUGUCUCAUUGUGACAGAGUUUUUCACACUAAGCAGUGACAUAAGUUCAGUACAGAGGACUACUCCUGUUUCAGUGAUUACAGUUAAGAAUAAAAUCCAGUUCAGGAGCGCACUGGAGAAGCCUGGGACUGUUUCGCAACCCAGCAUCAUUCAAUGCAAAUGAGACUCCGAGUGUGGGAACAACAGCAUAUGCACCAACAAUCCACUCUGUCCCUGUCACAAGCAUUAUAGUGUCCAUAGUACUGCAUACAUUUAAAUACUGACCCUAUGACCUUGUGUGUAUAUAUGUAUAUAUGUAUGUUUUCUAGGAAUUUAAUGUCAAGUACUCCUUUUUGCAUAUACGUUUUAAUAAAUAAAGCUUUCCUUAAAGCAUUUCAAAAUGUUCAAUCACUUUAUCAUAAGCUAAAGCAAUCAGUUUUUGUACACAAUUAAAAUGGUUUACUUCAUAAUGCAUUUUUUAUUGGCCAGUAGUAUAGCUCUGCUGAAUGGAAGUCUAACAGAGA